AGUGCCUUCGUUUGCUUCUUAUAUGUAUGUAGCUACACAUCCACCUACAAAAUCUAAUUAAGUAGGGCUCGAAAAACGUCCUGUUUUCAUGAGGUGCACUACAUCACAGGCAGUAAGAAGUCUCACACACUUGGCUCAGGUGAAGUAUUCAAGACACAGCUGUAUCACAACAGUGGCUAUCAGUCAAUACCACCACACGAGUGCAUUGAAUGCAAACCCUGUACUAAGGUCUCCUAGAAGUUGCUAUACAUCAGAGUCAAUACAUGCACGGGCCACAAACAAAGACAAAGACUCCAUCGCUUCUAUAACUCAGAAUCAUCCGACAAAGCCCAACGACAACAUCAACAGCACAAACGCAACCAACACUGACUACACAGACAGCAUGGUAAAGUAUUUGACCCAGGAGGAGGCUAAGAGUGUGGACGAACAUUUAAUGGGUGACAAGUAUGCGUUCUCUAUAGAUCAGUUGAUGGAGUUGGCUGGUCUCAGUGUUGCAUGUGCUGUGGCAGAACAAUAUCCACCUGCGCUGUUGAAUGAUAAGAGGGUGCUGAUACUGUGCGGUCCGGGGAACAACGGGGGCGAUGGUCUGGUAGCCGCUAGGCAUCUCAAGCUAUUUGGCUACUCAGUCGAUGUGUACUAUCCCAAGCAGAAGGAUGUCAAGCUGUACAAGAGUUUGACGACGCAAUGCGUUAACAUGGAGGUUGAUAUACACACAGACCUCCCACAGCUGGAUGGUGACAAGUACGGCCUGCUCAUCGAUGCCAUGUUCGGGUUUAGCUUCCACGGGGAGCCUCGGGAGCCGUUUAAGACGGCCAUCGCGCGCAUGAAUGAAUGCGAUAUAGAUACCUGCUCGGUGGACUUACCCUCAGGGUGGGAUGUGGAGAAAGGGCCGCCUACCGAUGGUCUGAAGCCCGCCAUGCUGGUAUCCCUAACCGCACCGAAACUCUGUGCAAAGACCUUCACCGGACACCACUACCUGGGCGGGAGGUUCGUCCCGCCUGAACUCGAGCGAGUUUUGGGACUCAAUCUGCCAUCUUACGCUACUUCUCAAAUGUUCGUCAAGCUCUGAGAUCGAGGUGACCGUAUCAGUAUGGGGUGUUGGGAAGGAUACUCGGUCAAUCACAAUCAAUGUGUAGCGCCGAGGCCAGCAAGGCGCAGGUGCAGGCAAAGUACGGUACAGUUAAUUUGGCGCUUUCCUUGAAUUGUGAUAUUGGGUUUGAUGAUCGCGACAAAAAUAUGGCAGCUCAAAAAAGGAUACCACUUGUAGUAUCUUCCAUACCCUGACAUUUGCGUUCCUAUUGUAACAUAUGAAGAGUCGGAGUGUAGCAGAGGAGAAACUUCCUCUACUACUGAGAUUGGUGACUAUACAUCAUCGCGUUGACAUUUGGCACACCAGCUGAUGAGCAGUCCACAACAAUGCGCUGCAAGCUCUUAAAUGGGACCCACGCAACCGAUACACACAC